GUGAGGUCCCACCAGGUCUUUGGGUAUCUUUUAUUUUAUUUUUAAGUUGUAAUAAUUUCCCAUUUUAAAGUGUAUCACUUAGGGGCAUUAAGGACAUUCACAGUGCUAUGUGACCAUCCCCACUAUCUAGGUCCAGAACUUUUCAUCACCCCAGAGGAGACCUGGACACAUUAGUCAGAGUCUCCCCGUUGCCCUUUCCUCAGUCUUGGGCUCUGGGCAGCUCUUCUACAACCUCUUACUGUGGCAGCAGCUGAAGAGAUGCAAAGCCCUGUAGCCCCGGCCUGAGGCCUGAGGCCUGAGAGAUUGUUCCCCCACGCUUUCCGCCAAAGAGAGGGAUGGAAGGGCUUGCAUGGUCUUUAGUUAGACUCUACUUUCUCCCUGAAAGCCUGAGAGGAAAGACGAUGAGGUGUGAACUGGAGGUGGAGGGUGGUCUCAAGAAAUGAGUGAGCCUGGGAGGUAAGGAAGGAAGACCUGUGGGGUUGAGGGAGGUCUGGGCCAGAGACCUUGUGGGCUUUCAAGCGAGGGACAGGUGAGGAGCCGCCUGUGAGCCCAGAGCCUACCUGGAAGUACCCCCACGGUCUGCCUGCCCAAAAAGCGCAGACCUGAGUGUGGAUCAUCAGCCCUAAAGGCUUCGAGCUUGGGGAUUACUGGAAGCAGCUAAUUUUUGGAGAAGACUUGCUCAUUCAGAGCAGUGCUGGAGUAAGGAGCCUGUAAGACUUUUGUCUGGCCUGAGCCUGUGACUGACAGCAGCAUUUCUUCUACCUAAGGUUAGCUGCCGAGCACAAGAAAAGUUUGAAGUGCAAAAUCUUCUGAUUCAGGGAUGUCACUGUAGGGAUAAAGCAGACAUCAUUAUUUUCUUUAAGUCUAUGCUUUUUGCAUCUAUAUUUUCGUACAUAUGUAUGCAUAUAUAAUUUUAUACACAGUUACAUGAAGAAUACACAGCAUGAUAUCAUAUACUAUUUCUUAGUGGUGCCUUUCCCUUUUAUUUGGCUCCCUCCUUGUUUUUUCUCUACUUAAGCACCCUUCUUUUUCAGGUAAUGUAUAUUAAUGAUUUUGCAUACACCUUUUCACAUUUUUCUCCAUGCAUCUAUAUUGCCAUAUGCACUUCAUUUAGCCACAAAUUACUAGCACUGAGUGGUAAAAACGGAGCACAGGGUGUGGGGAGGAAACCAGAAAGGUUUGUCAUCACCUUGCCAAGACACCCAACCUUCUUCUGUCUCCUGUUUGUGUGAUUUAUUGUUCCAUAAAGCUACUCUUAAGAGCCAGGCAUGUUAGUGUGUGCUUGUAGUCCCAGCACUGAGGAGGCUGAGGCUGGACUCUGUGAGUUUGAAGACAGCCUGGAUAGUUACAGAGGACAGGAAGCAAUAGGGGCCGCAGUAGCCCAUUAAAAUUCUGCCUCUGGUUGCGUUGUCUGCAGGACCUGCACUGCAGCAGAAGAUCUUACAUGUUUUAAGGAAGAUGAAGGUAAUGCUUCCCUUUGCACAUACACAGACCUCUUAGGCUGGCUUGACCCAUGGUCUGCAGCCUCAGACAACCCUGAUUUCAGGUUUGAAGAGGAUAAUGAAGGUCAAAGCCUGGCCAAACCCUCCAUUUUACAUUACAAAGGCAGACAAGCAGGUCUUUAAGCAUCCAAGGCAAUCUAGAGGAAGAAGAGGAUCCUAAUGAUGGAGAGGCCAGGUCAGGCUGUUCAAAAGUGUCCCUCCACUCUUCUUAUUCUAUCCCUUUAGGACACUGUUGGGUGCCAGCCUGGUGGGUCUUGUUUUGUCUGAAUGAAAGAUAAACUGUGCCAGUCUCAGAUUCUUCUUUGAUUGUACCUUGACCUCCGUCUGUCUUCUACCACUUCAGGACAGGAGACUGCUCAAGCAAGAGAAAGGCUCCUGUUUUUUCUCUUUUUCCUUUUAAAUAAAAAAAGAGAGAGAGAGAGAGAGAGAGAGAAAGGCUCCAAGGAAAGCCCCUGGCCUGCCCACUUCAGCAGCAGGUUUAUUCCCUGGUAUUGUGUGGCUCCCUUCGGCCCUGACGGAGGGGCUUUGUGGCUGUAGCUCUUGGAGCAGUAAAUUGCUGAACUUCCUGCUCACCCCCACCCCCCACAGUCUUUGGUCAGGAGACACCUCCCCUGGACAGGACAGCUCAGCAUGCAUUGGGGGCUGAUAAAGGGACUCAUGAAAUGGAGUGUGUAACUGCUCUGUGACUGUUUUGGUAGAGCCAGAUUUCUAGAACCAUAUUCAUAAAAGAGAAUGGAUCUUUCCCUUUCAGGAAAAGACCCUAAAGCCAUUGUAUUAAGGGGAGAAUGAUGGAAUAUGAUUGCACUGGAGAACGAGGAUCCCCAAAACUUGGUGCAAAGCACUACUCUGUGCAGUGCUCACUUAUGUCAGUCUAUUUGGAUGUAACUACGGAGACCGGUUGACUUCAGGCCCUCAUUUUAAUCUGUCCCAAAUGCAGACUUUCCCAGCAAUUAUUUCUGACAGCUCACAUGGUGCCCCUUCCUCACGGCAGAUGUUUGACUGCCUUGUUCUGUGCUCUCAACCGCUGCCACACAGCUGGAAGUCAGGCUGAGAGGUAAGCAGUUUGUCUAAAGCCACACAGAUAGCAAAUGGCAGCAUUUAUCUCAAGUUGGAGUCCCCUACGCCAGGCCCCUUGAUCGUCACUUUCAGGCUGUAUCUAUCAGUGGUUCCCAAAUUUCACUGCACUGUGUUGUUAGUGGAGAGCUUUAAAAACUGUAGAUGCCUUGACUGCAUUCUGGGUCAAUUUGGUUGCAGCUUAUGGGAAGUCAGCCAUGAGUACUUUUUAAAAGUUCCCCCAGUUGAUUCCAAUGUGCAGCCAGGUUCGAGAACCAUUGUGUAGAAUAAUAGUCUUUCUUUUUACCAACGAAUGGUUCUUUAGUCUUUCAGAUUGUGCCAGGCAAGGUGUGAAUCUGCCCAUCACUCAGUGGGUGAAGAUUUCACAGAUUGCUGGACAGUCAGGGUGUUUAUUCCAGUGUAGGAGCAAACAGUGACCUCAUCUAAAGAUUGCAGUUUCUUGUCGAGAGGGCCUGGUCUAUGACAUGGCCAUGCCUUCAGCUGGAAACAGAACAUUGAAUACCAAUGACUGCUUUGCUGUUCCGGAGAGGCAGGGUCCCUCCCAGAUCCAGAGAAUUUAAAUGGGCUUUAUCCCUCCCACCCUGCUCUACCCCCAGCAUGUUAAAUCCUUUCAGAGGUCCCUGAGCUCCUCUUCAAAUGCAGGACUCUUGGCCAUAAUAAAUAAUUACAUCCUUCUAUUUGGACUCCGAUUCCAGAUAGUAGUAAUCCAAGAAAAUCCAAUAAUGACAGUUGCAUUAAGAUCCUUCUUCCAGGCUAAGCAGAACAUCUGUUUAGACAUAUUUUUAAUCGGCAAAUGCUUCCUGUGUUGAGUCCUUAGCAAAUUAAAUUUCUCACUGGACCGAAGGGGAAGCUGUCAUUCAAUAAGCCAUCUCUGGAAAUUACACCCUAGUCUCUUUCCAGGUGCACUUAAGAUUUUCCCAAGCUGACUCGGGCGCAUAAAACCAGCCCUUAUAAUACUGGGUCACAUGUAUAUAUAGCACAGCUUGUCUAAGCAACAUGGGAUGUCUUAGUGUUAUGCCUGUGAAUAGAGAAGUAUUUUUGCCCAUUCUCCAAAGGAGAAUUGGCAGCAGAGGAAAAUUAAGAGACUUGUUGAAAACCAUAUGGGAAAUGAAUAACAAACUUCCACUUGCUACAUCGCUGCCUGUGAUUACUUAAGACAUGAUGAGUCUCAGAAUGUAAACAUUAAGGGCUUUAGUGUUGCCAAUAUUUUGGAGAGAUUUCCACCAAGGAAUUGUUUGGAUGGUUGGGCUGUUUAAUUUUAGAAUAGCUUGUCCAUUUUCUCAUUCAUUCAUUCAUUCAAAACACAAAAAUAUUGAAAGCUUAUGGCCAGCCAGGCGGUGUGAGGGAUGUGGAGGGUGGUGUGGUGUACAAAUAGCCACAGUUCCUGUUCCCAUGGAGCUUCUGGUCUGCUGCACAGUUCCUAUUGCAGUCUUGAUACAAUGGUUUCUAGGGCUGGGGUAGGAGAUUAGCAUGUUGGGGGGCCCUGGAGGUCAUGUGAUUGGGCGCAGUGGCUGGGUUGGAUGAUGUGAAGGAGAGAGGGAGGUGUCUGACAAAUGAGAGAGCACAUGGUGUGAUUGAGAACAGGUGCUCCUUCACUCCUGUGGGCUUUACCAAGAUGCAAGAUGGGCCCACUAUUGCCAGAUCUUCCCAUUUUUAAAAAGAAAAACUAGAAAAUCUGGAUUGUUAUGUGAAAUCCCCUGAUUUUUAAAAGUUGGCUUGCAAAGUGAGAUUUUUAAAAAAACAUAGUGUGGGCCAAAAGUGUCUGGGCCAAACAAAACACAUCUGUGAGUUGGGCUGAUCCCAAGACUGCAAGUGUAUGACUUCUGUUCUAGAAAUGCUAGCAGUAGAAUGAUUAAUUUCUGGUUAAAAAUGUAUUUCAUAUCAACUUUCUCUGUGGGCAGUAUGACCAACUGAAUCAGUAAAGGGCUCAUUAUCCCAGUACAGUGUAGAAAUGUUUGGGAAAAUACAAAAAAAUCUUUCUUGCAUCACAAAUUAAAAAUACAGAAUGAAGUUUAAAAGCAAGAAAGGUAAAGGACCAUAAAGCAAUGAGAACAGGGAUUUAAACUCAUAUAAUUAAGCUACAGAUGGAGGGAAGACCUUGCAGAAGGCAUUGAAACUGAAUUGGAACUUGAGGGGCCAAUACAUCAUUUUUUUUUUUGGUCUUUUUCUUUUUUAUCAAUACUGGGAAUCGAACUCACCACCACCUGCUUGCAAGGCAGGUGCUUAUGCUGCUGAGCUAAAUCCCCAGACCCUCAAUGCAUCAUUUUUAAAAUUCCUAGUAUAAUCUUUACAUAGGUGGAGGACAUGUGACCUUGAGCAUAGCUGAGGCCAGCAGUAGAAACUAGAGCCUGCAUAAAAUGAAUGUCCUCAAAGGACUCAGAGAAGUAGCAAGAAACUUUGCUGUCUUUCCCAGGCUGUAACUGGGGACAAAGAUACCUUCAGUCCCAAAGCCUAUUCCAUGUGCAGGCAACUUUGGAGUUCCAAAACUGAGACAGUAAUCGAAUCUCAAGAGCCCUUAAAAAGUACAAUAGGGUCACACCUAUGAUCCAAGGCACAUGAUAUUCCUAAAUGGAGAGAAUAAUUUUGCCUAAAUAUGAACUUUAAAACAUUAGAAACACACAGAUUUAAUCAACGAAGGUGAACCACCACGUACAGUACAAUAGGCAAUUGGUAUCUCAAUUCUUUCAGUUUAUUAAGGAUAGGACAAUCGGAUGAAAUUAUAAUACAUAUAACUAAAAUGAAUAAUAGGUCAAAAAAAGAAUUUGGAAGUAUUGGUAGAGGAGAUCAAGACACUGUGAAAAAAUAAGACAUUUUUAAAAGCACCAAAAAAGUACUUAAUAAUACAUUACAACCAUAUUCAUUAAAAGUAAAAUAAGAAUUGUUUUGUUUUGUUUUUGAGACAAGGUGUCCCUAUGUAGUUCAGGCUGGCCUGGACUCACUGUGUAGCUCAGGUUGGCCUCUAACUGGUGGUGAUUCUUCUGCCCCAGGCUCCCAAGUGCUGAGAUUACAGGCGUGUGCCACCAAUCUAUUUUAAAAUAAGAAAUUUUAUGUUGAACAUAACUGAAGAGUGACUAAGAGAAGUAGAAAAUAGACCAGAGGAAAUUGUACAAGCUUCUAUACUGAAAGAAAAAAGCAUAAAAUGUGAAAAAGGGUGAAGAGAUAUAGAGGUUAAAAUAAGUGUCCAAUGUGUAAUCAGUGUGAAUUCUAGGAGAUGAGAGAACUUCCAGAUAGAGUCUGAGAAAGAGGCCAAAUAAAACUCAUGUGCUAAUAAAAAAAUUUGAUAUUAAGCUUAAAAAAUCCAUGGUGGAUUAGAAUUUUCCAGAAUUGAAGAAAGAUGUGAAAUUUUAAGAAUAGCAUUGACUCCAAGACAAAGAAGUACAAUAAAUUCAUGUGUAGACAAUUAUAAGGUUGCUGAGGAAUGGCAAAGACAAGGAACAAAAGAAGCACAACGGAACAGAAGACGCGUAGAGUGAGUGCUGAAAGGACUCUGAUCUAGAAGGGUACCGCCCUCCUCCUUGCGAUAACGUCACACCUGAAGGAAAAAGUACUUCUCCAGUCGGAACUCUACAUAUUCUCUGCUAAAUUUUGUUUCAAAAAUGAGGAUAACAGAUAUUUACAGAUAAAGACACAGAGCAUUUAUUAACUUCAUGGAAGAAUAUUAAAAGAUGCAUUUCCAGGCCUGAGGGUGGGCUGCAGGAGUGGCAGUGAGCAAGGAAAUGGGUGAAUCUGAAGGCGGGUGCAGAUGUGCACCGUGAACAUAGGAACGAAUCACAGAUCGUGGAGACUCCUUGGGAGCUUAAAAGCAAGUAAACAAUAACAUGAGGAAUUAGAAUUUUAAGUGCUUAUUUUAGAGUAUCGUAUUUCUCAAAAUGAGAACUCUGAUUUCUCCAGAUCCAUCUUUUAAUUCACUAAUUCUUUUUUUUUUUUUUUUUUUGUCUUUUUCCUUUUUAUCGGUACCAGGGAUUGAACUCACGACUGCCUGCUUGCAAGGCAGGCGCUUAUGUCGCUGAGCUAAAUCCCCAGCCCCAAUUCACUAAUUCUUUAUACCUUGUCAAGUGUGACCAUGAAAAAAUAAAAGGUAAUUGUAAUGAAUAAAAAGAGGAUAAUGGAAAUAAAAGGUGCAGAAAAAUUUCUAAAUCCAGUAGAAAUCAGAAAAGGAGAAAAAAGGGGAAGAAAACACACACACACACACACACACACACACACACACACACACGCACAAGACAUGAAGGAGGUAAGUCCAGGCAAGUGAGCUAUAAAAUAAAUGCAGUUAAUUUAUUACAUGUUUAAGAGUCUCAGGUUGGGUAGCUAAAAAAAAAAAAAAAAAAUCCAGAUAUUUGCUGCUUGUAAGAAGUCCAUCUACAACCUAACUAAACUUUUUUUUUUAGUACCAGGGAUCGAUUUCAUGACCUUGGGCUUGCCAGGCAAGUGUUUGUGUAGAUGAGCUAAAUCUCUUGUGUAGAUGAGCUAACUAAACUUAAAUGUAAGAAUCCUCAGUAAAAUAUUAGCAAAUCAAUCCUAGCACUCAGGAGGCUGAGGCAGGAGGAUUGAUGCAAAUUUGAGACCAGUGUGGGCUACAAAGUGAGCUCAAGGUCAGCCUGAACUGCAUAGCAAGACCUUGUCUCAAAGAGGAAAAAAAAAUAGCACAUCAAGUCCAAUAAUGCAUGAAAAAAUUUAUGCACCAUUAUCAAGAGUGAAUUAUCACAGUUGUGCAAGGUUAACAUUUGACGAAAAGAAGUGUGUGUGUAUAAAGAAAAAUCUUGUGAUCAUGUCAGUUGAUGCAGAAAAAGCAUUUAACAAAAUAUAACACUUAUUCAGAAAAAAACUAUCACAUCAGGAAUAAAGAGGAAUUAACUUAUACAGCAAAUGCACAGAAGGACCUGCAGUUUACAUCACACUUAGUGCUUCCCCCUUAAAAUCAAGAACAAAGCAAGGGUGUCUGCUCUCAUCACUUUAUUCAACAUAAUUCUGGAAGUUCUAGACACUACAAAAAAUAAGAAAAAUAAAGACAUGAAAACUGAAAAAAAAGAAGUAAAAUUUUGUCCCUAUUUGCAAAUGAUGUAUUAUCUUUGUAGAAAAUCCCAAGGAAUCUGCAAGAAAACAAAACAAAUCAAAAAACUUUUAAAGCCAAUAAAUGAGUUUUAUCUGUAUGAUAGACUACCAAGCCAACGUGUAAGGAUUGCUUGCAUUUUUAUAUAACAAUGAACAUGCAGAAAAAAAAAUUUUUUUUAAAAUGAUACACUUUAUAAUAAUCACUCCAAAGAAAAUGCAACACUUAGAUAUAUACUUAAAUAAAAUGUAUUCGAAUGUCAAAAAUUAAUGCUUAUUUACAAAGCCAAAGAAGACAAAAUAAAUGGAGAGACACACUGUACCAUGAAUGAUAAGACUCAGUAUAGCAAAGGUACCACUUCUCUUCAAACUGAUCUAUAGGUUUAAUGAAAUUCCUAUAACAAUUCAGUAUUUGUUUUGUAGGCGUAGACAAGCUGUUACAAAAUUUACAUGGAAAACACAUAAUAGUAUGGACAGAGCAGAUUUUUAAGUAUCCUCCCCACUCCUGACAUAUAUAUCUGAAAUGGUAAUGUUGUGAUACCUGAGAGGGACGCGUUAAUCAACGUGACUGUAGUGAUCAUUGCAUACUAUAUACCAAAUCCACCACAUACACUUUGGGUAUAUAAAAUCUUGUCAGUUAAACAUUUCUUAAACAAUUUUAAAAGAAGAGAAAUACACUGGGAAUAUGUAUUUCCCUUGCUAAAAAAUGAAACAUCCCUUUCCCAAGCAGCCAAAACCUAAAGGGUAAGAGUUUAUGAAUUGGAAGGAAGAGUGAAAAUAGACAUUCAAAGUAUCCUGGCUUCUCAACUUUUCCUUCGUAUUGAAAGCAUUUUUCUAAAUGUUUGUGAACCUGUAUCCAGGUUGUUCAGUUUGGGAAAUGUGGGCAUCUGAAGUGGAGAGAGUCAUUUUCUGCAGUACCAGCAGGAAGGUGCUUCCCAGUCCUUGGCAAUCAGUAACCUGCCUCGUUUGUUUGAUGUGAAUAUUCUGGACUUUGCAUAUAGAUAAAAUUAUGCCACACGAGAUCUUUUGUGUCUGGUUACUUUCAGUUGGCAUGUGCUUCAGGUCCAUCCAUGUUAUACCAUGAUUCUCUUUUGUAGCUGAAUAUUCCACUGUAUGGAUAUACCACAUUUUAUUUAUGUAUUCUUUAGUUGAUGAUCAUUUGUGACUUACCAUUUUUUGCCUAUUAUGAAUAAUAUAUAUGCAUCAUUUUUGUGGAUAUAUGUUUUAAAUUUGGGAGAGAAAUGGAGAGUAACUCUUAAUGGGUAAAGGAUUUCUUUUUGGAGGGAUGAAAGCAUUGUACCAUAGAAGUGAUGGUUGUACAGUCUUGUGAAUAUGCUAAAAAGCCCCGAAUUAUAUACUAUAAAAAGGUGAAUAUUAUGGUUGUGGAUUAUAUCUUAAUUUUCUAAAGACAAAAAUUCUAGAAAGGAAGUGUCACAGAAUGAAGUAAGUGAAAAGGUAUUAUGUAAAUUAAUGAAGUAAAGAAAAAUGAAAAUAAUUUGAAAGCAAAACAAAGUGAAACAAAGCCAAAAGCUGCUAUUUAGGGGAGAAAUGUGAGACUAAAGAGAAAAUAUGCCAGGGGAAAACUGAGAAAUUUUAAACAAGUACGCUGAAAUGAAUGUGUAGCUUCUUCGAGUGAACAGUGUGCGUGUGGGUUCAGCUGCUCAGUGGACUGCGCCUCUCAGCUCUCUAUCUGCCAUUUCCAGAGCCCUUCUGUUUUCUAUAGCCUUCUCUUAAGGGCUCAUCUGUAGCAAGAGACUAGGAAGAGCUGGUGGAUUUUAUGAGGCUCUGCUUUUUACCUGGAUUUUAAUGAAGAAUUAGUUUUUUCUCAGUGUCACUGAGACAUUGGCCCACUUGGUUGCUCUCCUAGCUAAAGUAUUUCAGCUUGAAACAUGGACACUGUUAGGCCAAGGCAAGGGACCAGUUCAGCUCGAUCCCCCACAAGCUCAUGAAUCUGAGAAGAGCACCCAUCCCAACUUUGGUCCCACCGAGAAUCCUGAAAAUUGCCGGGACCACUUGAUUCCUAUCUUCAUGGGGUCUCCUUAUUAUACUUACCUUUCCUCCUUUGGAAUACUACCAGCCAGGAAUUCAAAGACCUGCACAGGUGAAAUGCCCCCUUCAGAUUGCAUGUUUUAAUGCUCCCUUUUUGGAUUUGUACUUUAUGCAAUCAUAAAUGUAAUUUACAGGAGGAAUCAGAGAGCAAAGUACAUGGUGCCCUGACUGUCUUCCAGAUGGCAAGGAGGAUGCCAACCCUGAGGCCUUGAAUACCACAGCCAAGACCUCUGCCCGGGUCCGAAGAGCCACAACUUCAAGGACAGAGAGGAUAUGGCCUGGAGGGGUCAUCCCCUACGUCAUUGGAGGGAAUUUUACUGGCAGCCAGAGAGCCAUUUUUAAGCAGGCCAUGAGACACUGGGAGAAGCAUACCUGUGUGACCUUUGUAGAGAGGACUGAUGAGGAAAGCUUCAUUGUAUUCAGUUACAGGACCUGUGGCUGUUGCUCUUACGUUGGACGCCGAGGAGGGGGCCCACAGGCCAUAUCCAUUGGGAAAAACUGCGACAAGUUUGGCAUUGUGGCUCAUGAACUGGGCCACGUGGUUGGGUUCUGGCACGAACACACACGGCCAGAUAGAGACCAACAUGUCACCAUCAUCAGAGAAAACAUCCAGCCAGGUGCUGCUUUGGUUUUCAAAAGCCUUACCACAGUGUUGUGUCACAGGUCAGGAGUAUAAUUUCUUAAAAAUGGAAGCUGGGGAAGUGAGCUCUCUGGGAGAGACAUACGACUUCGACAGCAUCAUGCACUAUGCCCGGAACACCUUCUCCAGAGGAGUUUUCUUAGACACCAUCCUCCCUCGUCGAGACGACAAUGGCAUCCGGCCAACCAUUGGCCAGCGUGUGCGGCUCAGCCAGGGAGACAUAGCUCAAGCUAGGAAGCUGUACAAAUGCCCAGCAUGUGGGGAGACCCUGCAGGACACAACAGGAAACUUUUCUGCACCUGGUUUCCCAAAUGGCUACCCUUCUUACUCCCACUGCGUCUGGAGGAUCUCUGUCACUCCAGGGGAGAAGAUCGUCCUAAACUUCACAUCCAUGGAUUUGUUUAAGAGCCGUCUGUGCUGGUAUGAUUAUGUGGAAGUCCGAGACGGAUACUGGAGGAAAGCCCCUCUGUUGGGCAGGUUUUGUGGCAGUAAAGUCCCCGAGCCCCUCACCUCCUCGGACAGCCGGCUCUGGGUGGAAUUCCGUAGCAGCAGCAACGUCCUGGGCAAAGGGUUCUUCGCGGUGUAUGAAGCUACAUGUGGGGGAGACAUUAACAAAGAUGCUGGCCAAAUCCAAUCUCCCAACUACCCCGAUGACUACAGGCCUUCCAAGGAAUGUGUGUGGAGGAUCACGGUGUCCGAUGGGUUUCAUGUGGGACUCAUCUUCCAAGCAUUUGAGAUUGAAAGGCACGACAGCUGCUCAUAUGACUACCUGGAAAUUCGUGAUGGCCCUACGGAGGAGAGUGCCCUGAUUGGCCACUUCUGUGGCUAUGAGAAGCCGGAGGAUGUGAAGUCCAGCUCAAACAGACUGUGGAUGAAGUUUGUGUCUGAUGGCUCCAUCAACAAAGCAGGCUUUGCAGCCAAUUUUUUCAAAGAGGUGGAUGAGUGCUCCUGGCCAGACCAUGGCGGAUGUGAGCAGCGCUGUGUGAAUACUCUUGGCAGCUACAAGUGCGCUUGUGACCCUGGCUAUGAGCUGGCCGCUGAUAAGAAGACAUGUGAAGUGGCCUGUGGCGGUUUCAUUACCAAGCUGAACGGAACCAUCACCAGCCCUGGGUGGCCGAAGGAGUAUCCAACAAACAAGAACUGCGUCUGGCAGGUGGUGGCCCCCAUCCAGUACCGCAUCUCCCUGCAAUUUGAAGCCUUUGAGCUGGAAGGCAAUGACGUCUGUAAGUAUGACUUCGUAGAGGUGCGCAGUGGCCUGUCACCUGAUGCCAAACUGCAUGGCAAAUUCUGUGGUUCUGAGAUGCCUGAGGUCAUAACCUCGCAGAACAACAAUAUGCGUGUGGAGUUCAAAUCUGACAACACGGUCUCCAAACGUGGCUUUCGGGCCCACUUCUUCUCAGACAAGGAUGAAUGCGCCAAGGACAAUGGUGGCUGUCAGCACGAGUGUGUCAACACAUUUGGGAGCUACCUGUGCCAGUGUCUGAAUGGCUACCGACUCCAUGACAACGCGCAUGACUGCAAGGAGGCUGGCUGUGUGCACAAGAUCAGCAGUGCAGAGGGCACCCUGGCGAGCCCCAACUGGCCUGACAAAUACCCGAGCCGGAAGGAGUGUACCUGGAGCAUCUCUUCCACAGCAGGCCACAGGGUGAAACUUGUGUUCAAUGAGUUUGAAAUUGAGCAGCACCAGGAAUGUGCGUACGACCACCUGGAAUUGUACGAUGGAUCUGACAGCCUGGCACCCAUCCUCGGCCGGUUCUGUGGCAGCAAGAAGCCAGACCCAGUGGUGGCAUCAGGCAGCAGCCUGUUCCUGAGGUUCUAUUCGGAUGCCUCGGUGCAGAGGAAGGGCUUCCAGGCAACGCAUAGCACAGAAUGCGGGGGCAGGCUGAAGGCUGACACACAGACGAAGGAGCUCUAUUCCCAUGCCCAGUUUGGGGACAACAACUACCCAACCCAGGCCCACUGUGAAUGGGUGAUAGUGGCAGAGGAUGGCUAUGGAGUGGAGUUGGUAUUUCAGAGCUUUGAAGUUGAGGAGGAAGCCGACUGUGGCUACGACUACAUGGAGGCGUACGACGGCUAUGACAGUUCAGCACCCAGGCUUGGCCGCUUCUGUGGCUCUGGGCCAUUAGAAGAAAUCUACUCUGCUGGGGAUUCCCUGAUGAUACGGUUCCACACAGAUGACACUAUCAGCAAGAAAGGCUUUCAUGCUCGGUACACAAGCACCAAGUUCCAGGAUGCUCUGCACAUGAAGAAAUAAUGCCAAAGGCCUUGACAGACAGGAACUGAGAAUGUUUUUACAACAGCACCUUGUGAAUCAGCCCUAAAUUAAGUGUACUUUAUUUUUCUCAAGAAGAAACUCAAAAUCCAGUCUUGAAGGUACAUAUUUGGAUGAUAGUCCAUAUUUGGCCACCAAGAAUAGAGAAAUGUUUUCUUGGUUCCAGCUGCAAUGUUACUGGUAUGGACUUCUAAAGAAAAUUAAGGUUUAAAGUCACUGAGUAUUCAAGCUAUGCUUGUUUCUACCCAUUUUCUGUCCCUUGCUCUUGUGGGACACAAGGCCAGCCCUGGGCUUGGUCAUUUCUUUAUUGUGAACGAGCUUCCAUUGGUGCCAGGCAACAUGACCGAAUCCUGGAGCCUUAGACCAUCUACUGCUGCACCCGGCAGUGAGGAUGAAAGCCUGGGGUGGCUGAUUUGUUACAGCUUUGUUUGGAAACUUAGUUUCUCUCUGCCAGGCCAUAUUAACCAAGAAACCUGGGAAUGUGGAUAUCGGGGCUGAAAGGUACACAGUAAGCACCGCGCAGAGACACCUCUGAGCUCAGGAAACACUGCCGUGAAGCUGGAAGGUCCUAACCCUAACCCUCUGCACCACUUGCUCCCCGUCCCCUUCUGUGGUUCCCAUCUCUUCACUGCAUUAAGGAGCGAAGGUGUCCAUGUGAAUUCCAGCGGGUGUUUGCUGGUGAGAAACCUCAGUUUCCUGAGAAGAAAACACCCUGGUCCAUCCUGAUGUUCUUUUGCUUGCUGACUCUGAGAAGAUCCCACUGCACUUGGGGUCCCACGACUCCGAGAAACCUGCGCCCGUGGAGGGGCCUGUGUGGUGGCCCACUUCCCGGACGGCCCCUUUUAAAUGUGUCUGCAAGACGUGCAAAGAAGUCCCUUGUGGGGAGAACACUGUUGAAAGCUUAUGUAAGGUUCAUCACCUUGUGGAACAAGUCCGUCCAUGACUAACUUCCUGUAAUCGAACAGGUUAAAGAGUACCUUUGUAACUGUGCUCAGAUGAAGUAAUACUUAGUCUCCAACCGGGAAUCAGAAUUCACAACACUUAGCACUUGUUCUUGAGAAGUGUAGAGGAUGAUGUUUACAUAAUUUUAGUACCUCAAGGUAUGAUAUAAACAGUGAGGUAGAUUUGAAUGGCAUUUCAUUAAGGCAUCUGUGGGCAUUAUGAGCUAAAAGCUGUGGUAUGUUAGCUUUAAAGAAUAUUUAUGUUGGAAUAAUUUUAAAAUAGUGUUUACAUAACUGUUAAGUCCUGUUUUGUUGGUAUUGAACACAGGACAGCACAUGGGAGUACUUCCAAUUAAAAGUAAGAUAGAUCCCAAUUACCAAAUUUUCUUUGGGAUUGGUCAUCAUUUUAAAAAAAUAUUUGUAAAUGGUGAAAGGUUAUAUUUUUUAAAGAUCAGAAUAUACCAUUGGAAGGCAAUGUCCAAUUAAAAUGAUUGCUGGCACUAACUAGAACAAUACAAAGAAGAGUGAAAGGAAUACAUAGGGAUAUUUUUCCUUAAAACAAAAAAUCAAAGUAUUAUUAAUAAUAUAUGUCUGUAUAUAUGUAUGUAUGUAUGUAUGUAUGUAUGUAAAGGAUCAGCUAUCAAAGCCUUAAUCAAUGCCGUGUGAAAAAUUGCUAACCCUUGGCUGUAGCUUUAUUGUGUUGGCCCUCUGGUCCUGACCCUACGUUUUUUUCUUUUCUCACCAAGUUUCCUUUUGGUCUUUCUUAGCCCUGGAGUGAGGUUCAGGUUUCAUUUGCAUAUCUUAAUAGACGGCAGACCCUACCCAGGAUAAACUUUGUCAUGAUGAACGGAACAGAUUACAUUAUGGCUCAGAUCUCACUUGCCUAUAAUGGUGGAUUCCAUUUCUGUAAACUUUGUAUUUUUGGAGGUUUUAUUUUGUCAAAACUGAAACAGAAAUCAGGAUACAUAAGGUAGCUGUUAAAGUUGCUCUCCAAGGGGAUGAAGGUGCUAUAUAUUUAACCUUUAGAAAUCUAAGUGAGAUUAGUAAAUUCCAUAGAGAAAUGGGAGGGAAGGAGAAACAUAGUUGGUUUCAACACUGGUCAUCCUUUGUCUUUUUCCCCUUUAGUGUGAUCAUUUUCAAAAGCAUACAGCUUCAACAGUUGUCUCCACAUGCUGCUUGCAACAGUGGGACCCUUAUGAAAACACUCAUUUAGUCCUGUGAAUGACGUAUUCCUAGAAGAAAAACUCUGAUUCAUCUAGAGCUGGCCGGACCUCUUCUCUAGAAGCCAGAAUAUAUAGGGUCCUGUGCAUGCCACAGGUCCUGCAAUGAGCCACAAGCUGGCUUCAUAAGAGAAAUUCCACUGAACAAAAAGACCAAGCCCCUGCCUUGGCUCUUCCAGUGGCUCAGUGACCUAUCUGCAGACAUUUCUGGAGGUGGAUGUAGGAGCUUGCUUUGUCCCUUAACUUGAGUGUCAGGCCUUGGGGAUGUCACAGAUCUUCCGGAUUAGAAAAUUGGAAUAUAUAACUUGAUGAAGUACUUGGGGUCUGGGUGUCCAGCCUGGUGUCAUUCUGAUGUAUUCUGAGCUAGAAAAAGCUGGAAUCUACAUUCCAGGACAAGGCUAAGGUCUGGAGUUAACAUUAGUCAGUAGAAUUUCUCCAAACAGGAUGUGAGGUUAUACAUUAAUUCACACUUUCCUCUAAAGAUUCCCUCUAUUUCUCUUUCAUUUUUCCUUCUAAAGUGCCAGAUAUUCAGAAAUUGCUAAGCCUGUUUAAAUAAUUUGUUAAAGAUAGUUAGCUAGCAAAUUUACAUGAUAAUUUAUCAUCUAUCUGGUGCAUUUGAUAACUCUCAGAUAAUCCUUGGUACUGUUAACAGUAUUCAGUUUGGGAACAAAUAUUUCUCUGGCUCCUUCCGGUGUUUUUAAGGUUUCUUUUGUAGAAUGAACUUCAGCAGUGAUCCUAAAUUCCUAAAUGUUUUCUUUAAAAAAUUUUAAAGUAUUAUCUAUAAAUAUAUGAGUAUUUUUUAUUUUGUAUAGUUUUGCAUUGCAUGGAAUGCCAGUUUCAAAGAGAAUGUGGAGAGGAGCUAACACCUGUCUAUGUAGAAAAGAUGGUUUCAUUAAAGAAUGUGGAUUUGC